CUGGUUACACAACAUAAUUAGCUGUAAGAUGUAAGGCUGUAAUGUGAACGCAAGCAGAAAGGUCAAAGACAGUUAGUUAGAGAGUUGAUAAGUUCCUGAACGAUGUCACUGUCUCCGUUCCAGAAAGAGAAACUUGAAUACUACUUCAACUUUUUCGAUUACGACGGCAAUGGACAGCUAGAACUGAGUGAUCUUGAUGGCUUUAUGAAGAAAGUGUUAGAAUUUACGGGAUGGCCGGAAUCAUCAGCUAAAGCACGAGAAUGUUAUGAAGUGCACGAGUGUUUCUUCUCCACUCUACUGGAAAAGAUGGACAAAACUAGAAAUGAGAAGAUCAGCAUAGACAAGUGGUUGCGAAUGUGGGAGAAGAUGAUACCCGGGUGUAUGUCCAUGAUCAACUUUCCUGUCUGGCUUCGGCUCCUUCCAAGAUCUCUUUUCAGAAUCAUUGACAAAAACCACGACGGGAAGAUAGAUGAGAAAGAGUUAGCGAAUUUCUAUGUGAAGUUUGUAGGGAUACCCGAAGAGAAUGUGAAAUUACUGGCGUCCUUCGCUAUGGAACAGAUGACAGACAAAGGCCGAUACCCGUUGACACUGGACAGUUAUAAUCAAAUUUUCGCCAACUUCCUGAUUGGUAAGACACCAUAUGGACCGGGUCGCUUCAUCUUUGGUUGCUUUGAGCAUAUGGCACAGAGGACCGAGUUCCAGCUGAUACAUGGACCUGGCGAGGACAUACUCGAUCCUGUAUUGGGACUGAAACGAUUGCAAAUAUCGCAAGGUUCUCCCUCCACGCCAAACUCUAUUGUCAAAGUGAAGUUCUUUAGAGCCGCUUGAGCACCUGACGAAAUGGCCACCUGACAAAUACAACGGAACAUGUGCCGUUUACAUUGACUGAUACAUACAACCAAGUUCUGUGUGAAUCGUUUAUAACUAAUCGUAUUCAAAAUAAAGUUCUAGCUCUU